AUGUCGAAUGAUAGUAAUUGUAAUGAAGAUCUCAGUGAUUUGGUGCAUAGCGAAAUUCGUGAAGCUCAAAUAGUUUGUGGUAGAACGGUAGAUGAAAGAAUUGCUCAUUUACAAAGGUGCGAAAUAUUUUUCAAUUCUUUGUAUAACGAUUUUAAGGCUGAGGAAAUGCUUUUACAUCGAGAUAAAAGCGGAUCACUUCUCGAUAAUUUUUUGGAUGAAAUGCUUGAAUUUGCUUCGCAAAAUGAACCAAAGAUUCGUUGUUUUAUUGCUCAAUUUAUUGAAAAAGCUUGUAAAAAAGAUGCGGAUUUGAUGAUAAAAGCUGGCAAUUCGUUGUUAUAUCUGAUAGAUGCUGGUGGUAUCGGAUUUGUUACUGUAGUUAAGAAGGUAAUUGGAUCGUGCUGCCAGUUGUAUCCAAUUGUAUUAAAAUGGGCUGCGAAUUCCAAAUGUAAAGAAGUAGAAGUGUGCUGGGAAUUUUUUUCGAUGUUGAAGGGUCGCAUUAUGCAGCACUUAGAUUCUGAUAAUGAGGGGCAAGUAUUUUUUUUUCUUUUGUCACUCAUGUCAUGUCACAUAGUUCGUAAGCAAACAAUGAAGUUUCUUGAAACGGUUAUUUUGUCACAGACAGUGCGUACAGAGGAAAGUGAAGAAAAUCGAGGUGAUAUUAUGUGUUUGAAUAAGAUACCUCGCGAGCAUCGCUUCAUCUCUUAUCGUAAAAUGGAAAAUGAAGCAUCAUUGAAUUUCUCGGCUUUGCUUGAUCAGAUUUCAUCCACUCACAUAUCUUCGCUUAAUCUACUUACUGGUAUAUCAUGCAUUUGUAAUAUUGCCAGACUUCGUCCACAGUUCAUGCAGCCAGUUAUUGGCGCAUUGGAAUCAUUACAAGUCAAUCUACCACCAACAUUGGCCAUGAGUCAAGUCAAAAGCGUCCGAAAAGAAUUGAAAAUGCAUUUGCUGCGAAUUCUGAAGCAUCCAAGCUGCAUUCCUUUCUCUCAGAGGGUUGAAACUCUUCUUAAUGAUCUUGGAGCUUCGCAAUCGGAAAUUUCUCGGUCUUUGCCAACAACGAAUGAUGCUGGAAAAAGAUCACGCCAAUCAGAUUCAUUGGAGGGAUUGGAAAAAAAACGUCCAAAAAUUGAUAAUGAUGAUGAAACUACGCGUUUUGUGGAUAAGGAAGAAGAUGAAGAAUAUGGUGUAGAAGGAGCUAGACCUAGUAUUAGCUCAGUUGGUGCUUCAUCUGAUACUGCUGUAGAUAUAACUGCUCAAUUUGUUUAUGAACGUUUAAGACCACGUGUCGUCACUAAUCUUGUUCUGAUUUCAUUGGUAACUCUUCCAGAUGAAAUGCCAGCUGCUUUUCAGUCAUCAUUCACUCCUAUCGCUGCUGCAGGUACUGAAAGUCAGAUUAGACAUCUUUCAAGGUUGAUAGCAACUCAGUUAACAAGUCUUGGACUUGGUCCUGGUUAUGAAUUGGUGCAAAAUGAGAAACACCAGCAGUCAAUCGCCAGACAGAUGGCGAGAAUGGAAGGAGCAGCUAUCCCUCCGACACCACUUAAUGAAUUUCCAUCAAGCUAUAAAAAAGAUUCAUUUUCGCAAUUUACUUCUAAUGCGUUUGUUUUUCGUAAGAGCAAACCAAAAACACAGUUCGGAUUGUUAACAAUAACUAAAAGAUUGCCUAAAGAUGAGGCCGUGAAUUUGGUUCAGCUCUUAUUUCAACGAAUAAUUGCAAACGAAAAGAGAGCUAUUCAAGGAGGAGCUGGUAUUGCUUAUCAAAAGUUGCUUGUUCGUUUGGUUACUCGAUUCGAUAGCGAUUCUUGCGGCAGAUUGCAAGAACUUUUAGCUGACUUCAUUAUCCAAGAACAAAAAUCGCGGACGGACUUGGCUUUAUUAUGGAUCGCUGAAUUAUAUGCUCAAUAUCAAGGAUUCUCUUUAUGUCAAGCUUCAUUCAUAUCAAGUGGAAAUUCGAAGAAAGAUCUUUUCCAGCGCUUCGAUAAUGUUCUUUGCAAUCUAUUAAAGAUCCUUUUCAAUCGUGGAGAACAUAAAGAAACUAUGUUCCAUAAAAUUUUGCUUGAAGUACCUUUGCUGACUCCAGAAUCUCUCAAAUGGCUACGAGAGGCUUGUCUUGAUUCGGUUUUUGGCGGUUUUGGCAUUACAACUUUACGCGAAUUAGUUAUGACUCGAUCUCGUCAGCGUAUUGAAUUAUUGAAUUUAUUGCUUGAUCUCUCGUACAGUGAAAAGAACGAAGUUCGACAACAAUCUAUCGAAACUGCCAAAGAACUUUAUCAGAUUGAUUAUAUCAAAGGCGAUGUGCGUGAUUACCUAAUUCGUUCUUUGAAGCACUGUACUCAUUCGAAACCUCCUCCUCAAUUUUGUUUUCAUCUUCCAGCGGGUGCAGAAAGUAAAUGGGAUGAAAACACUAUACGAACAGCACUAAAUUUAUUCCUAUCUAUUGUGCCUCUUGAUCACUCACUUAUACAUCAUUUUGCUACUAUUUAUGGAAAAUCUCCAACCGAGGUCAAGAGACUUACACUGCGUGCCAUCGAUAGUGCUAUUAAAACAAUUGGUGGAUCUAGCCCAGAUUUACUGAAAAUGAUCGAAACCUGUCCACUAGGGGCAGAGACUCUGGCUAUAAGAAUUGUACAUCUUCUGACGGAAAGAAAUCCUCCAACUUGCGAAUUAGUUGAAAGUACCUGUGCCUUGUAUGAUCAAGGUAGAACUGAUAUAAGAUCUUUGGUUCCUGUAUUAAACGGUCUUGAUAAGGCACGAAUUUCAAGUCUUCUUCCCAAAUUCGUUUUGAACCAGGUGAAUCAGAAGUCUCUGCCCGUUGUCUACCAUAAAUUACUUUUUGAAAGAAAUAUAAAGACAGGUAAACAAACAAUGAGUACGAGUGAACUUCUUGUUGCAAUUCAUCGUAUACCAUUGACGAAUAAGGAGUCAGUCCAGUUGCUUUUGGAAAAUAUAAAUUUGUUGCUAUCGCAGUUGGUUGGUCUUAAAGAUUCAAUUGCUUCGGCCAUCGAUACUCUCAUUGGUGACGAAAAUAUUUCAAGCGUGCUUUUUCAUACAAUCAUACGAACUUUUCAGUCAUAUCCGGCACUGGGUGGCUUUAUUUCUAACGUACUGCUAAAAAUUGCUCAAAAGCGGCCAUGGGUCACUGAUCGAAGUAUUUGGUCUUAUUUUGUUGCUUGUGUUAUAAGAACAACACCUCACUCCUAUCUGGCAGUUCUUACGGGUCUUUCAUCAGAGGAAUUUUGUGAAUUAGCUGCUAGCUCAACGAAGCAUGGGACCAAUAUAAUAAGUGCUUUACGCUCUUAUAUACCUACAUUAUCAGCUCAUCAACAGAAGAAAAUUGACCGUCGUAUUCGGGAAACGAUAAUGAAAGAUAAUGAUGUGAGUUUUAUUUAUGCUAAUUCCCAAAGUUGUGAAUAA